AGCAAAGCAACAAUUGUUAUAGGAACUUACCCGAGAUCAGUUCUCAUCGAACCAUUCUGGUGCUCGGCAGCACGUUUCGCUCAUUCCCGGUCGCCUUCACGUGAAUUGUUGUUACUCCGCAACCCGAAGGAGAAUCGGACGGGCUGCGAUUUAUUGACAAACAAUCCGAACCGUGUUACCUUUUUUUUGUAGGUAGUGACCAACCACUUGUUGGUGGAACGUGAUAUUUGAUAGUUCAUGGGAACCGUUUGCUCUUACAACCGAAUCUCAACCAACUUACAAUUCCAUGCUUCGAUUCAGUUGUAUUCAAUUUUGGUUGGAUUGUUGAUCGAGGAUCAGGUUUAGUUAUAAGACUUGUGUGCUCAAGUGGAACGUUCGAGCCACGGGCGGAAAAAGUGGCAUCCAGUUUCAGCAACCACACCAGUUUCCGGAUGCUGCAAAGAAGAACUUAUCGAUCAAAGCAUCCAACCGGGGAGAUUGACAAGACGCGAGUCCGCGUUUGUCUGGUGAUUACUCAUAGUUUUUUGUUGCCCCUGUCUAAGUUAAUGGAAAGACUCUAACAAGCGCUCAUAGCUGAAGUCAUUGAGAAGGUCAAAGGUUUGGCUUAGAUGAGCUACUCACGCCGGAUUCAGCAGAACAUUCUUACCCACAACCAAUUCAAUAAUGAUGCCUAUCCGACGAAUGAAGUGCGGAAAUGUGAAACCAUCAGCAUCAUGUUUAUGAAUACUACUAUGACCAGCAAGCUGCCGUCGAGAGAUCUCUAAUCUAAUUGCAUGCGGCCAUCAUGAUUCACCUUAAUGCUGUCGAGCUUCUGGUAACCUUUCUGCUGUUCUUCGUCAGUGGUCUUUGGAACGUACAGGGUCGUGAGGGUGAGUUCGAACCCAUCGAGAAAAUCUGCGAUCGGUGCAAAUGUUCGCUGCACAAGGAAUUCACCAGCUCGGAGCAGGACAAGUUUCUUAGCUACUCGGUGCUGGAUUGUUCAACGAAAAACCUGCGGCACAUGCUUGCUGAGUGGCCCGAAGAAUUUGCCCAGGAUCUUAAGCCGGGACAGGAGCUGGUGUUUUCGCUGUCCGGCAAUGACAUCCAUUCGCUGCAGCAAUUGCCGGCCACAGAAGCGGAUCUUGUCUUCAGUUGUAGACAUUGCAACUUGAGCGAACUGGCUAGCGGUCUGUUUCUGGACACUCCGAAUAUAGUUCGGUUAGAUCUGAGCUGGAAUCGGCUGAGUGGGGAUGUUCUGACUCCGGAUGUAUUCCGUGGACCCUACAAUGACGAAGUGUACGAACCGUUGGCCCUGGACGAGUUGGAUUUGAGUAACAAUCUGAUCAGCUAUUUGGAUGGUUCGCUGUUUGAACAUAUGGCUCAUCUGAGGAGUUUAUCUCUUUCCAAGAAUCCUCUAGAAAAGAUCACACCGGAUACGACGCUAGCUCUGGGGUCAAUUCGACGCUUGGAACAUCUGGAUCUUUCUUAUACAGGGAUCGACGAACUACCUCGGGGCGUGUUCGAUAAAAUUGACGGCUUGAAGGAGCUGUAUCUACAGGGAAAUCACUUCAAGGCCGUCCCCAGUGCCAUAGCAUUGCUGAAACCGACGCUGAAGAUUUUGAACAUCGGUGACAACCCCAUUCAGAUGCUGAACGAUGAGAGCUUUUUUGAUCUUGAUCGAUUGACUCAUCUGAACAUCAGCAUGAUGGAGAAUUUGGAGGAUAUCAUCAUCGGGACAUUUAGUGGACUCAAGUCGCUGGAAGUUUUGGUUUGUAGUAACAAUCCCAGUCUGAUGACCUUCGACAUGAGUGAUCUGAAAGGGCUUGUCCGUCUUCGACAGUUGGACCUCUCGAACUGUGGCCUCCAGCACCUCCACCUGGACGAACCGAUCCCGAUAAUCGACCACAACUCGGACAUUGCCCAAUUCGAAGUGUUCCAGAAGCUACGCUCGGUCAACCUCGAAGGCAACCCGUGGCAUUGCGACUGUGACCUCUACAAAACGAUCGAAUCCUUCAAGCACAUCCUGGAAGACGAAUUCCAUGGCCCAGCGACAAGCCCCUCAAAUGAGGCACGCUGUGAAAGUCCUUACGAUCUGGCGGCACUGCCGCUUACCGACCUGGGACCCCUUUCCCUGUGCAAUAGUCCACCCAAGAAGGUGCCAAAGAUCCCAAUCUACGAGGCGCCCGCCUUCCUGCGUCCCCGCUCCAUAAUGCUGUCACUCCUUUCGGUUGGCAUAGUCCUGCUGAUAGGAUUCGUCAUCGGGUUUGCCAUCGUUUGCAUCAAACGGCGGCUGCAGAAAGCGGACUUUGGCUUCACCUCCCCGGUCCGGUACACAACGGUUCGGGACAGUACCACCUCGAAUAUCUUGCAGCAGCAGCAACAGCAACAUGUCUAGUUAGCUAGAUGGUGGUUAGUACCGUGUUCCAUUUAUAAAAGAUUUUUUUUCGAAAAAAAAACACGGACUAAAUCUUCGUAUGCGUAUUCUAGUCGCUAGGUUUUACAUUUGUUAGGGUAAGAUUUAUGUUUUGAAAAUACUAAGCUGUUAAGAAUAACUUAGAAUGGUGUUUUCGCUGUCCGAAAGCCGUAAUUUUGUUGCUACGAAAUUAUCCAUGAAAGAGUCGUCAUUCGUUAAAGUUUGAGCAAUUUGUGCAAUACGGAACUACGACGGCAGUAGAAGCUUAUUCGGAGAAAACAAUAUAAUAGGUUCAAAAACAAGCUGUAGCACGAUAACUCUCAGAUUUAAAAGAGUUUAUUUCAUCUAGUCAAAAAUAAGUAAGCAUCACUGCUACAACAUACAAGAAAACAAUCUUUAGAAGAUUCACUAAUAUA